ACGUUUUUUUAAUUGCAGGUCAGCUAGGGAUUGUUGAAGAUACGUGGAAUUGUUUUUUUGUUGUUAUUGUCUCUCCGUCGCGAGUAUUACAAAGGGUUAGAGGUACACCCACAGCACAGUGCACAAGUCAGUGAAAGGAAGACGUCAAGGUCUUGAGGUAAAGAGGUCAGGAUUGUAUUAAAAACCAGAACAACGCACUUGGCGAUCAGUGACGGAGCUGUGUCGUGUAGGAAAGCAUGGCUACUGUCCACAGGGGCGAUUCGCCUCUGUUAGGAUUGCGAGACGCCCCGAUUGAUGGAAAAACACACUCGUCCUCGUUUUUUACGAAUAAAAUUGGAGGUCUACCGUGGUGGAUAAGUCGUGUGCGGGCCAGUGGCGCAAUGGAUAACGCGUCUGACUACGGAUCAGAAGAUUCUAGGUUCGACUCCUGGCUGGCUCGUCUGUUUUUGCGUUUCAGCUUACUUUAUUUAACACGACCCUCACCCCGCAGACCGAAUGAUAGCGAUGAUUCAGUGGACGUUUUCCCUUCCUUGACAGUGCACUAUCCGCGCUGCUCUGUGUGCAGCGGAGUACUUGCUCACGUUGUGCAAGUAUACUGCCCCCUGGAGGGGUCUCCCUAUCACCGCACCAUAAAUGUAUUCGCUUGCCCGAGUCCAGCGUGCUAUGGAAACUCACUCAGCUGGAAAGUGUAUUGUUGGAAUGGGCAGCCCGUGUUCAUUACCUGCCCUCCCUCCCACAUGCAGAAGACGGUCCCCCCCUGCGCUCACUGUGGGAGCCCCAGAAUCUUCGAGUUUCAGCUCAUGCCCCCGCUGGUCAGCAUGCUCCGCGGCGCCAAUGAAGACGACUGGACGGUGGAGUUUGGGAUUGUGCUCAUUUACACCUGCAGAGACAGCUGCUGGCCAUCCAGAAACCAGACACCAGUGGAGGAGUUCCCUUUUGUACAGGCAGACCCCGAUCAGAAAUUGUUCAGAUAGAAGUGUCAAUAAAAAGAAAUGAAAGUCCAAAA